GUGACGUCAUAAGUAUGCGUCGCACCUCUGCGUCAGUGGUUCGGCUGCAGAAAGGAUAUACACAGGAUAUGCACAGGAAAACUCCUGGUUCAGCUGAGAUCUCGUGACACACUAUUAUAAAGAUGGCGUUUAUUAAAGAGGAGAGUGAAGAAAUAAAGAUUGAAGAAGCAUUCAGCGUGAAACAUGAAGAUACUGAAGAACAAACAGAUCUGAUGCAGCUGAAAGAGGAGAGUCAAGAACUGGAGGAAUUGGAGGAGAAAAAUCAACAUGAGAAAGAUCAUGAUUCCAUAACUGGAGAAUCUUUUAGUUGCUCAAUGACAAAAAAGAUUUCCUCACAAAAAAGAGCUCUGAAGACAAAAACUAGAAGUGAUUUCACCUGCCAACAGUGUGGAAAAAGUUUUAAAGAUAACACAGGCCUUAAUGUCCACAUGAGAGUUCACACCGGAGAGAAGCCUUUCACCUGCCAACAGUGUGGAAAGAGUUUCACUCAAAAAUCAAGCCUUAAUGUCCACAUGAUAGUUCACACUGGAGAGGGUUCUUUUACCUGCCAACAUUGUGGAAAAUGUUACGCUCAUAAAACAAACCUUAUUGUCCACAUGAGAGCUCACACUGGAAAGAGCUGUUUCACCUGCCAACAGUGUGGAAAACGAUUCACUCAAAAAGCAAGGCUUGAAGUCCACAUGAGAGUUCACACUGGAGAAAACCCUUUCACCUGCCAACAGUGUGGAAAGAGUUUCAAUCAAAAAGGAAAUUUUAAUGUCCACAUGAGACUUCACUCUGGAGAGAAAUCUUUCACCUGCAACCUGUGUGGGAAGAGCUUCUCACGAAAAGAAAAUCUAAAGACUCACAUGAGAAUUCACACCGGAGAGAAGCCGUUCGCAUGUGAUCUGUGUGGAAAGAGUUUUGCGCAUAAAGGUCACAUCAAUGCCCACAUGAGGAUUCACACUGGAGAGAAGCCGUUCGUAUGUGGUCAGUGUGGAAAGAGUUUCAGAUGUAAAGUAACUCUUAAUCACCACAUGAGCACUCACUCAAGAGAGAACGGUCUUAUAUGUCAUCAUUGUGGAAGGAGUUUCACAGACAGUAAACUUCUUAAGAAACACAUAAUAACUCACACCAAAGAAAAGGCUCUCAUGUGCCUUCAAUGUGGAGUGAUGUGCUUAAGCAGUACAAGCCUUGAGAUUCACAUGAGAGUUCACACUGGAGAGAGGCCUUUCACCUGCCCUUAUUGUGGAAAGAGUUUUGCAAUUAAAGGAAACCUCAAGAUUCACAUAAGAAGUCACACUGGAGAGAAGCCCUACAAGUGUCUUCAGUGUGACAUGAGUUUCACAAAUCAAGGAGACUUGAAACAUCAUUUGCAAACUCAUUCUGGAAAGAAACUUCAGUGUUCUGAGUGUGGCAAGAGGUUUAGAAAAAGGAGCAAUUUUGAAAAUCACAUGGACAUACACUCUGAGGGAAAGUGAUUUCAUUUUGACAAGCAUUGGAAAAAAUGUUUUUGCCAUCACACAAAUACACCUGAAAAGUCUUGCUGAAGUGAAAGAGUUUUAAACUUGUGGGAAGAGUUUUCAAAUGUCUCAGCAUUUUCAAAGCUGAACUAUGUAAGAUUUAUGUUAAAAUAUAUUCUCUUAACCGUUUACUACAGUGGCGUGCAGUGAUGUUAUGAAAUAACAUUGAAAUAACAUGAAAUAAGGCAUUUAUUAAUGUUUUAUAUAUAUAUAUAUAUAUAUAUAUAUAUAUAUAUAUAUAUGAAUCGAAGGUAAAUUUAUGUCCCAAUUACACUUAAUAUUGUCACUUUUUCCUGGUUAA